CAGCGCGUGUGAAUAUGCUUCGAUGGAUGCUAGGAAUCCGAUUAUCCUCCCAAGAGAUCAUCACGUCACAUGGCUGAUAGUCCAGGAUUUUCACGAACGUUACCAUCAUCAAAAUCACUCGACUGUCAUAAAUGAGUUGCGGCAGACUUUCCGGAUUCCGAGAAUCAGACGACUUUUCCAGGGAGUCAGAACGAAAUGCCAGGAGUGCAAAAUUCAAAGGGCUACUCCACGUCCGCCUCCGAUGGCUGAUCUUCCUGCGGCAAGGCUGGCGGUAUUCACCAGACCGUUCUCGUUCAUCGGAAUUGAUUAUUUCGGUCCUAUGUUAGUGGUGGUAGGGCGUCGACCUGAAAAGCGAUGGGGUGUGCUUAUAACGUGCUUGACUAUACGGGCGGUACACAUUGAAAUCGCACAUUCGCUCAGUGCGAAUUCGUGCAUUCUGGCAUUGAGGAACUUCAUGGCACGGCGAGGCGUACCAAUACAAAUACAGUAAUCGUUCGCUAACUGGUCGUGGUUUAAUUGGUCUGCUGUUUAACUGGGCGAACGUUAACUGGUUUUUGGACCAGUUAAAAAGCAGAAUUUCGUAAACAAUCGACGCCAUAUUCAAAUGGAAGAUUUGCUGUGAGGGGCAUUCGAAUGUAAUUUUAAAUGUUAUGAAAAUUGACAUUAUUUUCGCACGACAAAAACAUCGAUUAAACUACAGAAAAAUAAUUUUCUCAAAUCAUAUGUCAUACCUGUUGUUGCACUCAAUGCGAAACUUCCAUUGGAAUCCUUUUGUUUAUCCAAUUACAGGAACAAUGCGAAUCAAGCAAUUCAUUGAAGUUUCCCUCGAUUUUAUUUGACGUUUAACAUGCCGGACCAGUUAAAACGCGAAUGUCGCGGCGAGCAAAGAAAUAAAAGCAACAUAUAACGAGCUUGAGGUGGCACUCAAGAAGAUGGAUCAAGCGGAGGUUAUUAGAGAAAUCACCAGUCCAGAGACGGAAUGGAAGUUCCUACCUCCAGCGUCUCCUCAUAUGGGAGGAUCCUGGGAAAGACUGAUUCAGUCAGUGAAGAGGAAUCUAACGGCGAUGAAACCAGGGCGGAAUCCAACGGAUGAAACUCUUCGAAACAUGCUGACAGAGGUAGAAAAUGUCAUCAACUCCCGUCCGUUAACCUACGUGCCGAUAGAAGAUCCUGAAGCCCCAGUUCUCACACCCAACCACUUCUUGUUGGGUUCUUCAAGUGGUCUCAAGCCGGCCACGACCUUCGACGACAGUGCAGUGGUUCUUCGACGAUCCUGGUGCAUAUCACAGGUCGAAACGAACAUCUUCUGGAAACGAUGGGUGCGUGACUACCUGCCGGACCUCACGAAGAGGACGAAGUGGUUUGACGAGGUCAAGCCAAUUGAGGUGAACGACAUAGUGGUGGUGGUCGAUCCAGGACUGCCAAGAAAUUGUUGGCCCAAAGGACGGGUAAUUUCAGUAAACAAGAGCAAAGAGACAAGAGCUUGCGAUUCUUGAGGUACGACGCGAUGAGGAGGUAAGCCAGGGGUCUGGCAUACCUGGGGGGGACUGUCACGACCCCUUGGUCGGCGCGUCUCACCUUGAGAUAUGAACCACCUUGCCUUCAGCGGGAGCAGCGAGAAACGUCAACGUACGGGCUCUCGGACGUAAACUUGUCAUUUUUUGUUGUUGUUGUUUUCUCGAUUCUUCCUCGGGCGCCAUUCUGAAAAAGAAACAAAAAAUUGUAGUGGAUUAGAGAGCUGAAAUUAAAAAGAAGCUGAUUAUUAAAUAUACUUACCUUACCUGCUAAAUACUUACCUAGUGCGAACUUUAUAGUUAUUUAGUGCUAAAAGUACAUUUGCGAAGUGCUAUAUGUAUACAAGGUGACUAUAAUAUUUACAUGAGAUACAGGAAAAUUAUCUCAUUAACUUACCGACAUAAACUUACACAUAAUUAUUCUCAAAGAUAACUUCAAGAUAACGGAAAGACUUGAAAGGACAUUGAAAGGACAAAAGAGGAAAUUGGAAUAUUAAACGUAAGUUCCUUCAUUUUGAAUUCCAAAAGCAGUUAACAAUUGUGAAUGUAUUUAUAGGAAUUUUUUAAUCGUGUUUAUAAAUAAACAGAUUGUUUACCCGGAAACUUUCCUUUUUCCUCACCGUCUCGUUGGCCUGUAGCCAACAGCUGGAAUAUCGGUUUGAGGUAGCACCAGCUA